AUGACCAUGAUAUUAUUCGAUUGGGAUGAUGACGAGCUGCAGACUUUACUAGAGAUAUGCAAGUACUUCUUACUCAGUGCCAAUGUAUUGUUAUUCCUUACUGCAGCAUUUGUAUUUUUCAUCUCAUCUACUUCUGAAACAAAUUCCGUGUCUUCAUCGACAACAACAGCUCAAUAUAAACGGGCUUUACUUGUCACGGCGCAUCCCGAUGAUGAGAGUAUGUUUUUCCUGCCUUUGCUCCACUCGCUACAAAGUAAACAAGACGAUAAUAAGUCCAAUGACCAUUGGCAGACGCAUUUGCUCUGUCUAUCUCGUGGUAAUUAUGAUGGAUUGGGCAAUGUUCGAGAGAAGGAACUUCAAGCUUGUGCCACGUACAUUGGAUUGUCAAUGGAUCACGCCCACGUACUAGAAGAUCCUGAGCUACAGGAUGGUAUGAAUACGCAAUGGGAUGAGGCACAUAUAGCUUGUAUUGUACUAAAUUAUGUGGAAAAGAACGAGAUUGAUGCAGUUUUUACGUUUGAUGACUAUGGAGUCUCAGGUCAUCCAAACCACAUUGCUACAUACUACGGUGUGAAACGAGCUAUACGUGAACAACACGAGAAAUGCAAUGCUGCUGUAGCUAAUGAAGUUACAAAAGAGACAAAGGUUGUGCGAGGGUGGGCAUUGGAAAGCACAAAUAUCUUACGCAAGUAUGUGGGACUACUGGAUACGGCAUUGUCGUUGUGGUUGUCACGCCAGAGUAAAGACGAACGACAACUCGUGUUUAUCUUCAGACCGCUGUGGAACUACAAUGCGAUGGCAUUGCAUCAAAGUCAGUUUGUAUGGUACCGUCGCCUCUUUGUAGCCUUUUCGCGCUACACGUUCAUCAACACUUUCCGUCCGCUGCUGUCAGUUGACGCUACUGAUCAUUCGGCAGCGCACAAAAAGACGCAGUAA